AUGGCAGCAUCUUCAUACAGAGUAGGUGUCGAUGUGGGUGGCACAAAUACAGAUUGUGCCAUCAUUGAUGUAACAGCUACGGACAAUUCAUCGAGGGGUGUCUGCGCAUCUUGCAAAACACCAACUACGCCGGAUGUUACCUCUGGGAUAUAUACAGCUAUUGUUAAUGUGCUGGCCAAGUCGGAGGUCAACCGAAAGGAUGUCCAGAGUGUUGCCAUUGGUACGACGCAUUUUGUCAAUGCUGUUGUAGAAGCCGAUCCGCGUCGGCUCAGCAAAGUGGCCGUAGUUAGGUUGUGCGGUCCAUUUACAAGAGCUAUUCCUCCAUUUAGCGACUUCCCUCAACGCCUAAGAGAGAUCAUGGAAGGCCCGCUUUUCUAUCUUGAUGGUGGUCUCGAAAUAGAUGGUCGCGAGAUCUCCGCCAUCUCUCCCAAGCAAAUUGAAGACACGGUUGCCGAUAUCAGAAAGGCCGGCAUCUCCACCGUGGCCCUUGUUGGGGUCUUCUCGCCCCUGGAUCACCAAGGAAUACAGGAAGAAGCUUGCAAGAAGAUGAUGCUUGAUCUCGAUCCGUCUCUUUCCGUCGUCUGUUCUUCCAAGAUCGGAAAUGUUGGACUCCUAGAACGCGAGAACGCGACAAUACUUAAUGCCUCUAUUCUGAGUCUCGCCCGAAAGACGGUCCGCGCGUUUUGUAAAGCCAUGGCCGAUCUUCAACUUCAUUGUCCAUUGUUUUUGACCCAAAAUGAUGGUACACUUACAGAUGCUGCCACCGCAGCUGAGCUGCCUAUAAAAACAUUCGCCAGUGGACCAACGAACAGCUUGACGGGAGCUGCAUACCUCGCAAAUCUAGAUCGAGGAAUGGGAAAUGAUGCUAUCGCUGCAGAUACUCAAAUUCUUGUCAUGGAUAUCGGAGGAACCACAACCGAUGUUUGCGCUCUAUUACCGUCCGGAUUUCCCCGGAAAGCACCAAAUUUCGUGGAGGUAGGCGGAGUCAGGACGGCUUUCUCCAUUCCAGAGGUGUUGUCGGUAGGUUUGGGUGGAGGUAGUCUUGUCCGAGUAGACGAGGCGUUGGAUACUGUUGCUGUUGGACCGGAUUCAGUUGGUCACCGUCUUGGAAGUGAUGCUUUGGUUUUCGGCGGUGAUAUAAUGACAUCUACCGAUAUCACAGUUGCGAGUGGGAAAGCUGAAAUUGGUGAUGCAUCCAAGGUUAAGCAUAUUCCCGACACAGUGCUUGCCAAAGCACGGGACAGAAUCAAGAGAAUAUUGGAGCGCACCAUUGACGAUAUGAAAAUAUCCGAUCUGCCCGUGACACUCCUUCUCGUCGGCGGUGGCUCCAUUGUCUGCGCUGAAUCUUUGAACGGGGUGGCAAAGUGUAUUAUUCCACCUCAUCAUGAUUCUGCUAAUGCAGUUGGAGCGGCAAUCGCUAAAGUCUCUGGCGAGGUGGAUGUCAUUGAGAUCUUGGAGAACCGAGACGAGAGAGCUGUGGUCGAAGCAGCCAAGCAGCAAGCCAUUGAGGCUGCGAUCGCCCGCGGAGCGGACAAGGAUGACGCCAAAGUCGUCGAGAUAGAGAAGAUCCCACUGCAAUAUGUGACGAAUAAAGCUAUUAGGCUGGUCGUGAAGGCCGUGGGUAGACUUAGCACGGCAAACUUUCAAGGAAACUCGAUAUCAGAGCAAUCGGUUGAUUCACACUGGAUAUCGAUUGAUGAUGACCAGACAUCCGAGCAGGAAACGAGCGGUCAGACAGCAUCUUCAACAACAAGAGAUGCCGCUUCACCGUCUUCUGCGAAGGAGUUUACCGCUGUCCAGUUUGACUCUUACAAACCGGAGGUUGUAAAUAAUGUAUGGUAUCUCUCUGCCGUUGAUCUAGAAUUCAUCGCUACUGGUACUGGAGUUCUUGGUACCGGGGGAGGAGGGCCUUCUUAUCUGCAGUACCUUCAGUGUCUUCAUUGGCUGCGAUCUCCCGAUUCAAAAGGACGAAUGAGAGUUGUCGCCCCGGAGUACAUGAAGGACACCGAUGUAUGUGUUUUCGGAUCCUGGUAUGGCGCACCAAGUGUUUCGAGCGAACGGCUCCCUGCCGAUGAGAUUGGUGGUGGCAAUGGGAUGUCAACAUUUCCAACAUCCAGCUUCUAUGAUAUUCCGGUCAUUGAUGGCGAUCUGAUGGGUCGUGCAUAUCCCACAAUGGAGCAUGGAACACCCUAUGUCUACGGAUAUCCUAUAACUCCUUGCACUUUAGCAGACGCUAAGCAGAAUGUUGGGGUUGUGAUGAAUGCCGAAUCCAACACCAGGGUGGAAGGAAUGCUGAGAUCCCAAUGUGUUAAUCUUGGCCUCAAAGCUGCCGUCGCCGCUGUCCCCCUAAGCUGCGACAUCAUCAAGGAGUAUUGUAUUCCGAACACUGUUUCUCAAGCUUGGUACAUCGGCCGAGCGGUCCAUCAAGCCAGGAGAUCCAAGACUGAUAUAGUGAAAUCCAUAUUCGCAACCUCCCCCGGAAAGCUGCUAUACAGUGGUAAAAUCAUCGACGUUAAAAGAGACGUCAGUCGCGGAUACACCAUGGGACAAUGCACUAUUGAGCCCUUGACCGGUGACGAGAUACAAACCCCCGGCAAUAUUCAUUCCACAGAUGACGACAAAGACAAGCGCUGCAUAGUAAUUCCGUUUCAGAAUGAGUUUCUAUACGCAGCGUACGUCGACGAUGUCAUCAGUGCAGAUGAUCCAUCAAAACAUGACAUUAUAUGUACUGUGCCAGAUCUGAUCUCGGUGUUGGGAGCGGAUGGAGAAGCUAUUGGAUCCCAGGAACUGCGAUAUGGACUUAAAGUGGAUGUGAUCGCUAUGGCGGCACAUCCUUUAUGGACGGAAGAUGAGAGGGGCUUGAAAGUCGGAGGGCCAAAGGGAUUUGGGUUGGAUAUGGAGUUCAAGAGCUUGGGCCCUUAUCAGAGACCGAGAAGUGUGAUUGAAGAAUUUAAUGUCCAGUGA